UGAUGAAGAAGACACAAGAAGCAGCCCCACUGGAGAUUACUUCCCGAGGUCCUUCAGCAGUGUUAGCCUAUCGUAAAGCCCUUUCAGAGGGGAAAACCAUUGUAAAAAGAGCGCCCAUCAUGUUCAUUGGACAAGGUCAGUCGGGAAAAACAAGUUUAAAGAGGUCAUUAAAAGGAGAACGUUUCAACCCAGAAGAAACCAUCACCAUAGGAAUAGAGACUGACCCUUCCUACUGCAAAGUUUCCCAAGAGGUAUGGAAAGUUGGAGAUAGUGGAGAUGAAGCGGCAAAUUCAGAUCCAGCACACAUUUCCUUUGAACAAUGUACCGCUCAGUGCAUUUUAAAGAGCCUUAAAGGAGAGAUAAACGCAAAAGAGAUGAAAAAUGUGGAUACGUCGAAUCCUGCAAGUGGGAUUGACCCUUCCGCCCCCAAAGUUUCCCAAGAGGUUUGGAAAAAGAAUGCUGGUACGGUUGAUGAGGUACCGGAUGAGAUAGCUGCUUUAGUUGAAAAUUUGCUUCAACUAGAAGAAGACGAAGGUGCCCAAGGUAAAGAAGAUCUGUACGUAGUUUUGUGGGAUUUUGGUGGACAAUCUGUCUAUUACGCCACCCAUCCUUUAUUUCUUACAACGAGGGCGAUUUACCUUUUAGUUUAUGACUUAAGUCGAGAUCCAAAUGGAAAAGUCAGCCCUCAAGUGAAGCGCGGAUUUUACGAGGAUAUCGAGGAUGUUUUCUGUGAAAGGAGUAACAUGGAUUAUCUUGACUUGUGGAUGUCCUCUGUAUCUAGUUUGGUUCUGGAAGACGAGGACCUCCAGGAAAUGCUUGCAUCUGAAAUAUUACCAGAAAGACUUCCUCCGGUUUUCCUUGUUUGCACCCACGCUGAUAAACCUUUUCAAGGUUCAGAUCCUCAUGCGUUGGCCCGCAAGAUAUUUGGCUCAUUGAAGACGCGGGUUUAUGGGGAACAUAUAGUUGAUGUCUUUGUUGUAGACAACACUAAAUCCGGAAGUGUAGAAAAAUGUCCAGAAGUCGAUCGUCUGAGAAAAGAGGUAGAAACUGUUGCCAAUGAGUUACCACAAAUGAAAGAGGCAAUUCCGAUCAAGUGGUUGAAGUUUGAAAAGGAAAUGAAAGAGAAGAAUCAAGAUGGCCACAAGUGGAUUUCUCUCGAUGAAGCCAAAAAUAUUGCGACCGAAAAAUGUGGUAUUUCCAGCACCGAACAAUUUGUGGCAAUGUUGAACUUCUUACACGAUCAGAGAAUUUUAAUUCAUUUUGACGACACUCCACAGUUAAACAGAAUGGUGAUCUUGGACCCUCAAUGGUUGAUAGAUGUCUUUAAGGAGGUAAUUACCAUAAGGCCAUACCAAAGCAAAGAGAGAAAAUACGAGCAACUGUGGUUGAAGCUUGAGAGAACAGGAAUCUUGAAAGAAGAGCUCUUGCAGCAUGUAUGGGGCCCCUUGUUUCAUAACCGAGAAACUUGUCACACUCUCAUUGCCAUGAUGGAGAAAUUCUGCUUGUUAUGUCCCUUGUCGUUAUCAGUCGCGACUGAUUCACCCACUGAAUAUCUUGUACCUUCCAUGUUGAAGUUCCCACCGCUGGAGGAUGUGAGUAAGCUGAUUGCCUCUGCAGGGAUCCCGCCACUUUAUCUUAAGUUCAAGUCUAGUCAAGUGCCGCCCGGCCUUUUCUCUCGUGUGGUCCUAAUGGUCUUUCAGUGGUGCACAAAGGAGUUUUCUAGUCAAACGCAACCUCAGUUGCAUCAAAACUUUGCUAGAUUUUACACACAUCCUGCUGAAGGUUGUUCUCUAAUCCUCAAAUGCCAUUCUUCCUUCAUUGAGGUAGUUGUUCACAAAGAAAGAUGUACCACUGGACUCGUAUCGGAUGUAGCAUCAGGACUGAAUUUGCAUUCAGAAUCCACAUACGACGCCUUUCAGGUGGAUUUUGCUCGUGCAGUCUGUCGACGACUAGGACUGAUUCUCGAGUGCAUGCGAAAAGAGUUUCCCUGGCUAAAGAACAUGGCAUAUGAUCUCUCAGUAUGCUGUCCAGUGUGCUGUGCAAGUCGUUCCGUGAAUCACUGCUGCAACCAUAAUGUACGUGGCUGUAAGGAAGAGCAGUGCCUGCACCUGUUGUCAGAGUCUCAGCUCUUCGCUAGCCAUGGAUCCAUUGUAUGCACCCGGUCGGUUGUUGCCGUAAAUUGCAAGGUUCCUGUCAAUUUUGUUGGAUUCUGGUUUGGAUCUCUAGAGGAACGGCAAGCCACUGACGAAUACGACGAAAACUGCCCCUUGCCUAGCAGUGGAGAUGUCCAUAACGAUCAAGCAGUUGUCCUGUUCAGUGGAGUACUUGAGGCCCUGACGACUCAGACGUGUGAUGCUAGUGAGGUUGUGGCCCAAUUUCAGCAAAGUCUCUCCUUGGAGAACCUGUCAUUGGAACAACCAGACCUUGACACUAAGAAGAAGAUCCGCUGCCUUUGUUUUAAGGCUAAGACUGCGAACAAGCCAGAAGUUGUCAAAAAAUUGAGAGAAAUAACUCCCGCGGGUACAACAGGUCCUUUGUUGCCUGAAACGUGUGAUGUUGCCAUGAUUCCUUUGGGUCUGAGGAGAGAAUUAACGAUAAACCUUAGCGGUGGAGACGAAUGGAUGUCCCUCGCGGAGAGACUGGGUUUGACUCCGGCAGAAAUCAGAUUCCUCGACAAGCGAGUUUUGAAUCCAUGUGACGCCGCGCUGGAGCAUGCUCGAAAACAGCGGUUGAUACAGAAUGUGGGAGAUCUGUAUGAUAGAUUAGUAGACUGUGAAUUCCCACGUUUGGCUGAUUUACUGUAAGGAAACACAAUUGCCAACAGCUCUUAACAUUUGUCAUAAUAAGACACCAGAGUGCUCCGUUGAUGAACUAACUUGUAAUUACCGGUCAGAUCAAUUAAUACCCAUAUUGUGGUUGGUCUCAAUACUACUCUGAUGGAAACAUUCAAAAAGUAAAAUAAGUUUGGUAGUGUAGGUCCUAUUGACUAUCAGGGGCCUUAAUGUUAGGAAUAAUUUAUGAGCUCAAAAUUCUUUGCAACGUACUGAAGUUUUGGAUUAUGCACUUGCACUAGGCAAGUUUUAUCUAUCUGUUGAAUUGUUUGAUUGAUUGACGAGAAAAACAGGCCAUUUUGAACAAUUAAAAAUCACCAAAUGGCUUAUGAAUACCACAUUAACGAAAAUGUGAUACUAAGCUAGUAUCAGCUACUUAACAUACCAGGGACUGGCGCUACGUAUUUGGUUUCGUCUGGGUGGUUUGAGAAGGAUAUCUUCCAACUGGAUCUUUGUAGUCAUUGGGGAAGGUAUCCCUUGAUGUUUUAUAAUUAGUAUAACCCUAUGUUUGUUUUCGAAAGAAAGAGGAGAGACGUCAACUUUAACAAGUUACCGUAAACUUUAGUUUAGUAAACUGUAAGAGGUUUAAAGGAAAAAAGAUAUAUCAAAAUCAUACAAAUAACCAAAAAAAUUGAAAGCAAAACAAAGGUAUAGAUUGUUACAAAUUGUUUCUGUUACCGAUAGUGAUGUUUGCAAAGCGGAGGCAUAGAAUUGAAACAAAACUGUAUGUAUUUUAAUGAAACUUUUUUUAGAAAAGGACUGUGGUAAAUUGAAGAUUAACCAUUAACCAUUAACCAGGUUAAUAUUGUCAACAAUUUAUGUCGGAUCAUUUUACUUACCACAUAGUUCGUCCUUUAAGACUCCUAUUUUAGUCACUGCACAAAGUUCGUCGUGAUUUGAUCCAAGUUAGACAACAGGAUGGGGGUCUCAAAAAUGACCAAAGGCAAAUGUUCUCUCAUAGUCAAUGACUUAGUUAGUAAAUAGUAAAGUAAAAGCUCUAUUAAUGUG